UAUCCGAGUGGCCCACCACGAUAUCCUAUGUACGGUGCAGUUCCACAACACCUCCUACAACAUGCGCAAAUAUACGCUUCGCAGCCCUCACAACCUAUUCCACCUCAGCAUAACCCUUCGAUUGCACCUUUCGGGACUCCCUCGCCCCCGGAGGUUCGGCAACCGAGGAAGUCGUCCCGUGAAGAAGGGCCAUUUCAGCAGCAAUGGGAUAGAUUGGACCGGGUGGCGGCGAAGUCAAAUGCAGAUUUGCGGCAAGGGACUUCGAAGCUGAUCACCAAUUACAUUGAGCGGCCGACGCAUGCAAUUGCAAUGAGAAGCAUGCAGACACUGUGUCAAGGUGCUGCUCUGUGCGACGUCAUCAGCUCCAAGUUCGACGCAGUCAUCACUAGCAUUGAUGAUGACAAGUUCAGUGGGAAGGAGGAUGAUUUGAAAGUGUACGACGAUACCCAGCAGAGACCGAGCGGAUCAAGUCCGUCAUCCGCACGUCGAAAAGGUACAGCAGAAGACCAAGUCUACGAGGCACUCGGGGGCAACAAGGGCUCGAAUCAUUUUGCCAAAGUGUGGCUCUACUCGAACUCACGCCUUCCGCCGCACUUGCCACCCUUCAAGGUCUACCUGCCAACGUAUCCUCUUCUCUGCCUCGCUGCAACAUACUCGGAGCGUGUCUACGAUCCUCCAGUGCCGAAAUCAAAGGAAGUUGAGAAUCACAUUCCUGCAAACUGGCGCAGUGGUACUAAGGCUAUGGUGCUCAAGUCAAUUCCAGUCGACGACAUGAACACCGUUGUCUUUGCGAUUCGGGGCAGCCAGACCUUCAUGGACUGGGCUGUAAAUUACAACUCGGCGCCAGCCAGCCCGGAAGGCUUUCUCGACGACCCCUCCAACUUUUGCCACGCAGGCUUUCUCUACGUAGCACGCAAGAUGGUCAAACCCGUCGCCGACCGCCUCAGAGUCCUGAUCCAAGAGAAUCCUUCCCGCAAACACUGCAGUCUCCUGAUCACCGGCCACUCCGCAGGCGGCGCCGUCGCCGCUCUCCUCUACGCUCACAUGAUGAGCAAAUCCGUUGACAGCGAGCUAAGCUACCUAACUGAUUUCUUCAAACGUGUGCACUGUGUAACAUUCGGCGCGCCGCCCAUCUCGCGCUGGCCGCUGCGUAAAUCGGAAAACCCGCGCCAUAAGAAGAGCCUCUUCUACAGCUUCAUCAACGAAGGCGACCCCGUCCCCCGCGCGGACAAGAGCUUCUUCAGGAGCCUGAUCAAGCUCUACACUACCCCCGCGCCAUCCAUCUCCGCCCUUGGCAGCACAGUAGCAAGCAUGAGCGCGCUCAACCUCACUCAGCCCCUAUCUUUAAGCCCUCCCAAAUCACGCCUCCGCCUCCGCAGACCGAGCAAAUCCACUUUACCGCCGGCGAAACCACCCGUGGCGCCUCCGGCCGUCGAGUGGCCCGUUCCAACAUGCGAGCUCAGUCCGGCUGGCAGACUCAUUGUGCUGAGGCCGCGUCCCGGCGGUCGCGAGACCGAUGUCGAGGCCGUUACUGUCGAAGAGGGUAUGCUGAGGAAGGUCAUGUACGGCGAUCCGCUGAAACAUCAGAUGCGUGUUUACAAGGAGCGGGUUGAUUGCGUGGCGACGAAGGCUGUUACUAUGGGCGGG